GCCCGCCGCCGAGCAGACGUCUGGGCAGCCCGGCGCACAGCGGCCGCAGCUCCCUGUUCGCCGCCCGCAGUCCCCGCGGCCAGGCGCGGACGUCCCAGCCCUUUCACAGGCGGGACUCAGUCGCCCGCGUCCGCCAGGCACUCGGAACUCGACGCCACCCGGACCCAGAGCGCAGCUGAGAGCACCGUGACAGCGAUGCGACCCUCGGGGCCCGUAGGGCCCGCUUUCCUGGCGCUGCUGGCCGGGCUCCUGCGGGCAGGACGGACGCUGGAGGAGAAGAGAGUUUGCCAGGGCACGAGCAAUAAGCUCACCCAACUGGGCCCUUUCGAAGACCACUUCCUGAGCCUGCAGAGGAUGUUCAACAGCUGUGAGGUGGUGCUGGGGAACCUGGAGAUCACCUAUGUGCAGAAAAACCAUGACCUCUCCUUCCUGAAGACCAUCCAGGAGGUUGCUGGCUAUGUGCUUAUAGCUCUCAACACUGUAGAGAGCAUCCCCUUGGAGAGCCUGCAGAUCAUCCGAGGAAACGUGCUGUAUGAAAACACCUAUGCCCUGGCUGUUCUAUCCAACUACGGAGCCAAUAAGACUGGGCUGAAGGAGCUGCCCAUGAGGAACCUGCAGGAAAUACUACAUGGAGCCGUGCGAUUCAGCAACAACCCUGUCCUAUGCAAUGUGGAGACCAUCCAGUGGCGGGACAUUGUCCACAAUGACUUCCUGAGCAAUAUGUCUAUGGACAUGCAGAACCCCCUGGGCAGCUGUCAGAAGUGUGAUCCAAGCUGCCCAAAUGGAAGCUGCUGGGGUGCAGGGAGCGAGAACUGCCAGAGGCUGACCAAGAUCAUCUGUGCCCAGCAGUGCUCCGGGCGCUGUCGAGGCAAGUCGCCCAGUGACUGCUGCCAUAACCAGUGUGCUGCUGGCUGCACCGGCCCGCGGGAGAGUGACUGCCUGGUCUGCCGCAGAUUCCGGGACGAAGCCACAUGCAAGGACACCUGCCCACCUCUCAUGCUGUACAAUCCCACCACAUACCAGAUGGAUGUCAACCCUGAGGGCAAAUACAGCUUUGGUGCCACCUGUGUGAAGAAGUGUCCCCGUAACUACGUGGUGACGGAUCAUGGCUCAUGUGUCCGAGCCUGUGGUGCUGACAGCUACGAGGUGGAGGAAGAUGGUGUCCGCAAGUGCAAGAAGUGCGAGGGGCCUUGUCGCAAAGUCUGUAAUGGGAUCGGAAUUGGGGAAUUCAAGGACACGUUGUCCAUCAAUGCCACAAACAUCAAGCACUUCAGGAACUGCACAUCCAUCAGUGGUGAUCUACACAUCCUGCCAGUGGCAUUUAGGGGGGAUUCUUUCACCCACACCCCGCCCCUGGACCCCAAGGAGUUGGACAUCCUGAAAACUGUGCGUGAGAUCACAGGAUUUCUGCUGAUCCAGGCAUGGCCAGAGAAUAGAACCGACCUCCAUGCCUUCGAGAACCUGGAAAUCAUCCGUGGCAGAACAAAGCAGCAUGGUCAAUUUUCUCUUGCGGUUGUUGGCCUGGACAUAACAUCCCUGGGCCUACGCUCCCUCCAGGAAAUCAGUGAUGGAGAUGUGAUUAUUUCUGGAAACCGAGACCUGUGCUAUGCUGACACAAUAAAUUGGAGAAAGCUUUUUGGGACCUCCAGCCAGAAAACUAAAAUUAUUAACAACCGGGAAGACAAGGACUGCAAGGCUGCUGGCCAUGUCUGUGACCCACUGUGCUCCUCGGAGGGCUGCUGGGGCCCUGAAGCUCGGGACUGCGUCUCCUGCCGAAACGUCAGCCGCGGCAGGGAGUGUGUGGAGAGGUGCAAUGUUCUGGAGGGUGAGCCCAGGGAGUUUGUGGAGAAUUCUGAGUGCAUCCAGUGUCAUCCAGAGUGCCUGCCCCAGACCAUGAAUGCCACCUGCACAGGACGGGGCCCAGACAACUGCAUCCAAUGUGCACACUUUAUUGACGGCCCUCACUGUGUCAAGACCUGUCCGGCUGGCGUCAUGGGGGAGAAUGACACUCUGGUCUGGAAGUACGCUGACACUGGACGCACCUGCCGCCUGUGCCACCCGAACUGCACCUAUGGCUGUGUUGGGCCAGGUCUCGAAGGGUGUGCAACAAAUGGCCCCAAGAUCCCCUCCAUCGCCACAGGGGUGGUAGGUGGCCUCCUGCUGCUGGUGGUGCUGGCCCUCGGCAUUGGCCUCUUAAUGCGCCGGCGCCACAUUGUCCGGAAGCGCACGCUGAGGCGACUGCUGCAGGAGAGAGAGCUUGUGGAGCCUCUCACACCCAGCGGAGAGGCCCCCAAUCAAGCCCUGCUGAGGAUCUUAAAGGAAACAGAGUUCAAGAAGCUCAAAGUGCUGGGCUCUGGGGCUUUUGGUACUGUUUAUAAGGGUCUCUGGAUUCCUGAAGGCGAGAAAGUUAAAAUCCCUGUGGCCAUCAAGGAGUUGAGGGAAGCCACAUCUCCAAAGGCCAACAAGGAGAUCCUGGAUGAGGCCUAUGUGAUGGCCAGUGUAGACAACCCCCACGUGUGCCGCCUCCUGGGCAUCUGCCUGACUUCCACCGUGCAGCUCAUCACUCAGCUUAUGCCCUUUGGCUGCCUGCUGGACUAUGUCCGAGAGCACAAGGACAACAUUGGCUCCCAGCACCUGCUCAACUGGUGUGUGCAGAUUGCCAAGGGCAUGAACUACCUGGAGGACCGGCGUCUGGUGCACCGUGACCUAGCUGCCAGGAACGUCCUGGUGAAGACACCACAACACGUCAAGAUCACAGACUUCGGGCUGGCCAAGCUGCUCGGUGCCGAGGAAAAGGAAUACCACGCUGAAGGGGGCAAGGUCCCCAUUAAGUGGAUGGCUUUGGAAUCCAUUUUACAUCGGAUUUAUACCCACCAGAGCGAUGUCUGGAGCUACGGAGUGACUGUUUGGGAGCUGAUGACCUUUGGCUCCAAGCCCUAUGAUGGAAUCCCUGCCAGUGAGAUUGCGUCUGUGCUGGAGAAAGGAGAACGCCUUCCACAGCCCCCCAUCUGCACCAUUGAUGUCUACAUGAUUAUGGUCAAGUGCUGGAUGAUAGACGCAGACAGUCGCCCCAAGUUCCGGGAGCUGAUCGUGGAAUUCUCCAAAAUGGCUCGAGAUCCCCAACGCUACCUUGUCAUUCAGGGAGAUGAGAGGAUGCAUUUGCCAAGCCCUACAGACUCCAACUUCUACCGCGCCCUGAUGGACGAGGAAGACAUGGGUGACGUCAUUGAUGCUGAUGAGUACCUCAUUCCCCAGCAGGGAUUCUUCAACAGCCCCUCCACAUCACGGACACCCCUCUUGAGCUCCCUGAGUGCAACCAGCAACAGUUCGGCUGUGGCCUGUGUUGACAGGAACGGGAGCUGCCCUGUCAAGGAAGACAGCUUACUGCAGCGUUACAGCUCAGACCCCACUGGUGCUGUGACCGAGGACAGCAUGGACGACACAUUCCUCCCAGUGCCUGAAUACGUAAACCAGUGCGUUCCCAAGAGGCCUGCAGGCUCUGUGCAGAACCCCGUCUACCACAACCAGCCUCUGCAUCCAGCUCCAGGCAGAGACCCCCACUACCAGGAUCCCCACAGCAGCGCAGUAGGCAACCCUGAGUAUCUCAACACUGCCCAGCCCUCCUGUCCCAUUGGCAUCUUUGAUAGUCCCACCCCUUGGGCCCAGAAGGGCAGCCACCAAAUGAGCCUGGACAACCCUGACUACCAACAAGACUUCUUUCCCAAGGACAACAAGGUAAAUGGCAUCUUCAGGGGUCCUACAGCUGAAAAUGCUGAAUACCUAAGGGUGGCACCACCUGGCUGCGAGUUCACUGCAGCCUGACCCGGAGGACAGCACUGGCCACGCAUCCUGACUGCAGACCAGGGCACAGCAGCUGUUCUAGCCCCAAGUUAGCCAGACUGGCACUGACUGCCCCCUCCCCCUGGAACCUGGAGGAGCAGCCCCUUGGGUGUGCUCUGGGAAGUGGCUGGUGCAUCCCCUUGUCUGCAGACAGAAGCUGCCAGCAAAGGGUAUCUGGCAAGAAUGUCGUUCACUGCAGCACUGCAGUACAUUUGAGAACACAGGAACAUCCUUGGGUGCUUU